AUGCUAGUUCGUGGGAACGUGGUGGAAGGCCGGCAAGGCCGGCAACUAUGCGGCAGGCCGAGAUGGCCAGCCACUGGCCAGAGAGCGAAUUGCUGUGGCCCGAGUCUGCAAGCGGAUAUCCCUCGGAGUGCCUUUUGGUCGCACUUCGUAGUCGGUAGCGUGGGCGCAGGUGGUGUAGCUGCGGGCUUGAGCCGAUGCAGCCAAAGACGGCACCACCAGCAAGCCAGGGCAAAGCAUCUGGCUUGCGUAGCUCGAGUUGCGGAUCAGGCGAAUGCUGUCAAGGGGUUUAUUGACUGGAUGGAUGCAUCAGGGAUCGUGACCUCGAAGAAAAUCGAAAUCUUGCCAGACCAAGAGGGAGGUCGGUGUGUGAAGAGUACUGCAGCCAUUCAGAAGGGCGAGGUGCUGGUGCAACUUCCCGAAGCAUCUGCAGCAUCUGUGGACAUGUCCGAAAAGUCUCCUGCACCUUCAGUGCUGGCGCCCUUGGCCGAGUGGUGGUCAGGAAAUCCUCGGAGUUCCAUUCGCCUGGCAGCGGUGCUGGUCUUCCAACGGGAGAAGUUUGGGCCAUACAUCGACAUGCUCUAUCCCAUGGAGAACAUCUACGCCCCAUGGUUGUGGGAGGAUGAGGAUUUGAAGUUUCUUCCUGACAAACUCGCUGCAAAAGCAGCAGCACGAAGGAGAGCGUUGGACAGUGCCUGCACAGACCUCAAGGCCAAAGGUCUUGCGGAGGCUGUGCCGGAAGAGUUAUUUCUGCGUGCUCACCAUGCCGCUGCUUCGAGAGCCUUCGCUGGCGAGGGCGAAGUUUCGAGUGCACGCACCGCUGCGUUGGCGUGUGGGGCGCUUGCUCUGACGGCUGCAGGAGCAGCUGCUGCAACAGGUGUGACCAGCCUUGAUGCAGCAGCUGGUGUUGGAGCGGUUGGAGUUGCGGCUUCUGGAGCAGUUGUGGCUCUGAGCGAGGACUCCAAGGUCUUGUCCCUGUUGCCAAUGAUCGACCAGAUCAAUCACAGAAGCGGGGCUCCUCCCGAUUUGCAAUUCGAUCCCGCCAGCAGACGGUGGGAGCUCAGGGCUCUUCGAGCGUAUAGCGCUGGUGACGAGAUUUGUUUCAGCUACGGCGACAAGGACAGCGACGCGUUGCUGCUGCAGCAUGGCUUCGUGGAAGAGGACAACGGGGCCGACAAACUGACGCUGUCUCUGCCAGCAGCCGGCUCGUACGGUUUGUCAGCGGAGGCCAAAUCAGAGCUCGAUGCGCUGGGUGUCCAGGAACUGGUCUUUGCCAGAGACGGCUCUCUGCAGGGCCUGACUGAGGAAGGUGCCAUGCGGAGACGGCAGCUCUCGGGGCUUGUCGUCGUUUUGUUUUGCUGUACAUGCUGGACUCGCUUUCUCAACUAUGGGGCCACGUCGCAGUCUUUCAUCCCGACGCAGACACGCACAUCUCGCGUCGUUCAGCGGGCGAUGUUGGACCUAGAUGAGAAGAGGGGGCCGGUAGUGGACAAACGCUUCCCCCCGCCAGAAGAUGUCUUCAAGUACCGUGGCCCAAAUCCCAAAGUUAGGAGGAACCGGAGACCGAGUGGUAUUGCAACACAGCAGCUGUCGCCACCGAAGAAGGGUGGCCUCAUUCCGUCAAGAGGUUCCAGGGUCUAUAUACGUCACACGGGCUGGACCGUUCAAGAUGGACAGAUGUUUGACAGUUCGUUCCUCCGGACAAAAGAGCCAGAGAUGUUCGAAGUAUCAGAGGUGCUCUCGGCCUGGCGUGCCGCGCUGCUGGAGAUGCGCGAGGGCGAGAAGACCAGGGUCUGGGUUCCAGCGUCCAGGCCGACUGAGCUGGAUUGGGGCGUUUACAGCGAACGCGGGCAGUACCCCUGGGUCUUCGACAUUGAGCUGAUCAAGGUCGAAGAGGAUCCGCCGUACUUUCUGAUAGCGUUAUUGGUGCUUCCCAUCAUUGCUGGAGAGCUGUACAUACGCAUCACUGGGAAAACGCCGGGCGAUGCACUCAAUGAGUAUUUAUAUGGUGACUUCCUGAAUGGCCUUACCCGGUGUGCCUUGGUGGCGUUACAGCACAUCUUCAGCCGCGGCUGGCAACUGAUGUGGUUGCGGCCACGCUGCGAUCUGCUGUUGCCAGCUGUUCAGCUUCUGACGAUGCAGAGGUGGCAAGAUCAGUGUCCUCGCCGGGCAUCGGUCGAGUUCUGCUGCGCCGGAUGCUUUGCACACUUUUUUGCGAAGUAUGCUGCGUGUUGCGUGGGACAUUUGUCCUCCUUGGAAUUGCAUCGCAUAUUCUCCAUUGUUUCACCUAUCAAGCAUGAGGAAACCAGCGAGAAGAAGGGGCAUGCAACACCUUGGUACUUGUAUGAAGUAGAAGGGAAGAUGGAGGAUCUUCUGGGCGUCUGGUCACGAGCUGUUUUAGAGGCCUCCCGGGCCGAGCGCAGCGCCUUUGCCUUGCAGCUAUGGCCGGCUGAAAGCAGAGUCGAAGCAGAGGGAGAUUCGGCCUGCACAUGUUGUGCCCGGCAGGCUGCAGUUGCGAGUGAACGACUCAGGGUCCGACACGGGGAAGAGCUCUCCGAAGAGUACACUUGCAGGAUUCCGAAGACGGAUGCAGAGAUCCUGAGAUUUUUCCUGUGCUUUCUUGCGGAUCAAGGUCUGUCAGAUGUUCCCGUCUUCAUCAACGGAGGAUAUGUCAGGGACCUGCUGCUUGGCAAGGAGCCUGAUGAUCUCGAUCUGACCCUUUGCCUCCGGGACUGCGCGCCCGAGGUAACGGUGGCAGCGCUCCUGGAUGAAAUGAAGCCGUACGUUGAGCAGAGGCCGGAGUUUGGCCUCACAGAGUUCAAGAAUGCGACCAUUCUGUCCAAUGAGUCCAAAGAUAAGCAGCUGGAUACCUUCAAGGCUCACUUCACGAACACUGCUGGGGUCAAGACCGAGGUGGACGUGAUGCCUACGAUCGGGGAGGAAACGUACUCAGAUGACAACAGGGUGCCGGUCCGUGAUCAGCGUGGCCUCCCCGAGGAAGAUGCACUGCGUCGUGACCUGACCAUCGGUGCCCUGCUUAUGCGUGUGCGCUCCUCUGAAAGCAGCACGGCUUUGCGCUAUGAGCUCUUUGACUUCUAUGGUGGAGUCACCGACAUCGAGCGCGGAGUCCUGAGAUCUCCAUGCCCAGUUGACAGGCAGCCUGCCGAGGUGGAGGAGGUGGUGCUGAGAACGCCGGAAGAGAAGGAGCUCGCCAAGAGCCUGGGGAUUCACGACUUGCCACCUGACGAAGCUGUACAGGUCUUGUGGUGGAGCAAGGUUCUGAUAGAUGACCCUUUGCGAAUUUGCCGGGCUUUGCGCUUCGCCGCGAAGUUCAAAUUUAAGCUGCAUCCGGCGUUCUGGAAGGCUGCACCCUUCGCGCUUGAGCCAUUGAGAACGAAGGUGGCUGGAAGCCGAAAAUUCACCGAGUAUCAGAAGAUUGGAGGGUAUGGAUUCAAAGCCUGCUUCGAAUUCUUCGAUCUGGCCUUCAGCUAUACCUUCGGACCUGGCGAGGGCUGCUCGCGUCUGGCCUCCGCCCUUCUGGGUGGGCAGGACGACAAAGCAAAGCCUCGGAUGCUUUCACAGGUUCAUUCUUUCGAUCGAGACUGCUUUCGCACACUGGCUGAUGCAGUUCAACCGUGUGAGGGGCAGAAGCAUGACGGAGUUGAGCUUCUCGGGGAGCUCAUGGUUGCGGCGAUCGCCGCUGCUCGGUUCGAGGCCGAGGGAGAUCCUGUAGCCGAGUUCACCACCGCCUGCGAUGGCAUGUGCGUGAGCAACGCCAUGCGCGAAGCGGGUCUCACCCCGCUCAAUGCUUCUAUCGCGAUGGCGGCGGAAGCACCGUCAUUGAAUGCCUUAGACAUGCAUGUGGCCGAUGCAUGCGGCAUCUCACUGGACAGCCUUGGCCGACAUGUCCAGGUUUGGGAGGCCAUGCAGAUCUGCAACUCGCGCACCGGCCCCGAAUAUGCAACCCCUUAUCGGCGACAGUUGGCCCUUGCAUUGUUGCGGCUUCGGGUACCAGACAUGGCAGCAGAAGUGCAAGCUUGCUUUCAGGCGCUUUCCUUCAGCCGACCACCUGUGCGUGGGACAGUUCUGAAUGCCAAGGGUGUGCUGGAGGUUCCGCCACCUCUGCGGCGGCAGGUCAUGCUCCUCUUCGAAGUCAGCACGCGGGUGCUGAAGUAUGCAGCGCCCGUCGAGGCGGGCGAAUCACUUCAACAGCUGUUCGACGCGCAUCCAAAGCUGAGGCAAGCGUUCUCAUCUUCCGUAUGGAUGGCAGAAGAUGGUAAGACGUUGAAACGCGAGCUUGGCACUUGGGCACCUUCCAUCGAUGAUUUACGAGUUUGGUUGAAGGAGAGGCAGACGGAGCUUCAUGUGCCUCAAGCUGUAAGCUUUUCCAGCUUCACUGCAGAGCUGACAUGUUCUGUACCUCCAGCAACAUUCGUUCUUAGCGAAGCAGGAGGUUCUCUCAACAUCUCUUCGCACCUCUUCUGUAGUCUCCUUGGCGUUCAGCGCGACGGCGUUUCAGGGGAAAGUUACUUCUGCUUUAUUCUGGUCUUGUACUUCGCAGCUUGGAUUGCUACAUGCUUGCAACGAUGGCGCAAGGCACAGUCUGCCGAGCCCGAGAGCUCUGGGCAUCCUUACUCGCUGCAUAAGGGCCGUCUCCCUUUGCAAAUUUUGUACAUCGGACUAACUCGAAUCAGGCUGCAUGCCGCGUUGGUGCACGGAGCGCGGUGA